AUGGAAAAUUUGAACGAUCUGUACGCGACCGCGAAAGACGAAUUCGAGAUUGCUGCAGAAGAAACGGAGAAAAAGACAGUGUACGCAGCUGAAGACCGUGAGGCAGCGCAAGAAGCUUUAAAGACGCUGAAGGAAGCUUUUGAAAAGGCAGUCAAGGAGAGCCAUCCAGAAGUCGGCAAAGAAGUCCAAAGUCGAGUAGGCCAAAGGAUUAGAGAGUUGGAAAAUGCAGUCAAGGCUGUGGAAGAGAUGGCACUGCAAGAUUAG